AUGGAUUGUGUCAUUUUUGGAGCCACCUGCUCUUCUAGUAUGGCAAUGUUCGUGAAAGACAAGAAUGCUCGGGACUACGCUGAACAGUUCCCAGAAGCUUAUGAUGCAAUCGUCCACAAGCACUAUGUGGACGAUUACUUCGACAGCACGGACACUGUCGAAAAGGCUGUCCAGCGGGCAAGCGAGGUAAGAUUCGUUUACUCUAAAGGCGGUUUCGAAAUCAGAGGCUGGGUGUCGAAUUCUCUGGAAUUCCUGGAACGCAUGGGUGAAACGGAGAAGAAACAAGCAAUUCAUCUCGACUUGGCUAAUCCGGAACGCGUUUUGGGGAUAGUGUGGAACACAAAGGACGACGUCUUCGCAUUUACAACCAAGAUGCGCGACUCGUUAAUGCCAUACCUGUACGAUGGAAAGGUCCCUACGAAACGCGUAGUGCUUAGCUGCGUCAUGAGUCUCUUUGACCCGCUAGGACUAUUGGCGCCGUUCACAUUUUUUGCGAAAGUGCUGAUCCAGAUCCUCUGGAGAAAAGGCUGCGAAUGGGACCAAGUCAUCGACGAAGAAGCGCUGGAGGGUUGGAAACGGUGGACGAGCUAUUUGGGAGCUGUAGAAGCGGUAAAGAUACCGCGGUACUACUUCGGCGACGGUCUUGCUCUCGACUACUCAACGCUGCAGCUGCACAUUUUCGCAGAUGCAAGCGAGAAUGCAUACGGCUGCGUAGGCUACUUCCACAUCUUAGCUGGGGAGGUCCCUCGAUGUGCGUUGGUGCAAGCAAAAUCAAAAGUCGCACCGAUCAAGCAAGUGUCGAUCCCGCGGCUGGAAUUGAUGGCGGCCGUACAAGGAGUUCGUCUUGCGGAAAACAUCAAAGACAAUCACAGUCUGAACAUAAAACAAGUGUCCUACUGGACAGACUCACGCACCGUUCACUCAUGGGUUGUUUCCGAUCAAAGAAAAUAUAAGGCUUUCGUUGCAUUUCGGAUUGGAGAGAUUAUCAGCCGGUCGCGACCAUCAGAGUUGCGGUGGGUGCCCACUAAACUGAAUGUUGCGGACCAACUAACGAAAUGGAGCAAUGGUCCGCAGCUUGAUUCAAACAGUUCUUGGUUGCGGGGUCCGCAGUUUUUGUACAAACCAGAAGCUGAGUGGCCAUUACAGCAAUUCAAAAAACCGAAUGUCGAAGACGAGAUGCGAGCAACAUUCCUGCUACACGACGUCGAAGUACCAGGUCAGUUGGUGGACAUAUCCAGAUUUUCUAAGUGGAACGUGCUUAUCAGAACGCUGGCAUGUGUAAAUAGGUUCAUCAACAAUCUGCGAGCGAAGCGACAAGGGAAGGUGAUAGAAGUUGUUCCAGCACCGCCGAAAAUUAAAGCAUUAGUACUAAGGAAGCUAUCGGAUAUCGAGAAGCCGAUCGACCGCGAAGAACAUCAAGUAGCAGAAAGAGCGUUGUUGAAGUUGGCACAAGUGGAGGCACGAAGUGAACGAAGUGAAAACUUUGUUGAAGAGUCGUCAAGCAAAAUGUUCAACCGGAGUGAGUCUGGAAAAAAGCAGUCUUCUCUACAAGCUGUCACCGAUACUGGAUGA